UGUGAUUCCAAUAUCAAAAAUCGUUUUCAGUCAAACGACGACGAGCACGCGCACUGAGCUUGGGAGCCCCAAAUUUUAACAGUGAGUGAGGUAUUCUGAAGAUGCAGUUAGCAUAUGCUUAACAGGAUAUAACUUGCCUGACAAAAAUGGAGAGGAGGAAUCGUAAUAGUGUUUAUGCUGUACUUAACUGUGAUGACAUCCUGCAUGAGAUCCUACUUCGACUACCACCAUCAACUAUCUCCAAAUUAGUUAUUGUAUCAAAAAGAUGGUUGCGUUUAAUAUGCAGUUCUUCAUUUCGUCGUUGCUACUUGAAUCAGUGGGGACAAAAUUUUCGGCUAUUGGGUUUUUUUGUAUGCAACUUCUUAUAUCUUGGAAGACCUCGGGAUGGCUACCGUCGCCCUCGAUCCGAGCCUGCCCUUCCAUUCUUGUCCACUUGUAAAGAGGGUGAUGAUUUGAAGCUUUCUGGAAUCCUCAAACAACUUGGCUACUUCAUGGAUUGUUCCAAUGGCAUUAUUCUUUCUGGACUCCAUCCAAAGACAUAUUAUGUGUACAAUACCAUGACCAAGCAACGAUAUCAACUUCCUGAACCUCAGCGGUUCUAUAAAACUUUGUGCAUGGCAUUGAUUGUUGAGGAAUAUCUUGACCGUGACAUUAGCUACAAGGUGAUCCGUGCGAGAUGUGAAUGCAAACUUAAGGAACGCAACACUGUCUCCAUUGAGACUUUCUCAUCAAGAACUGGAAAAUGGAAGCAAACCACUCUGAUGUGUUCUACAUCUUUUGCAUUGCGCCCAAGGACAGUAGGUAUGGUGGUUGGUGGGGUUGUACACUGGUUUGCAAUGUGGGGGAAACUUGUCAUUUAUGAUCCUCGUCUUGGAGACAGGCAUGUAGCUUUAGUUAAACUACCAGCAGGUGUGAUAACUCAUGAGCAUGAGGAAUCUGUUCUUGGGGAGUCGUCUGAUGGGCUUUUGCUGUAUGGUCAGAGCAAUAAUUUGGGUCUGGAGAUAUGGAUACUUGAGAAGGAAGCAGGAGCCAACCCUUCCACUCACUGCAACUGUACUCAUUUGAGGUACCAGUGGAUUCUAAGGUGGAGAUUAAAUUUUAAAGCAAUAUGGAAACAGUUACCAUCUUUAAACAUGCAUUCUAAAGAAACCCAGAUAUUAUCAUUUCUUCCGCAGAAUUCUACAUCUGUCUUCUUUAGAUCCGGGUGGAACAUUUUUCUGUAUGAUUUGGAGACCAAAACGGUGGAAAUAGUUAAUUAUCAGGGUCGCGGAGCCUCCAUUUCAUGGGAAUCUAGCAAAAUAGUUCCUUACUUUCAACCGGAUUGGCCACUCUCUUUCUCUGUGUCGUGACAGCAUGAACAUGAUUUUUGUCAAAUGGGAAACUUGUCUUUUUGAUAUUUUGAUCCAAUGGAUGUUUUCCAUUUUGGUUUUAAUCUGGAUAUAAUGUAAUUAAAGUUUUUAGCUUCUUUGUUCUGUUUUGAAGUCUAGCUAUAGUAGGAGUUUAGAUUCAGUGGUAUAUAUUGCCUAUAGGCAGGCUACUGGCUAAUCAGAACACUGAAAAAUAUUGCUCUUCUGAUCAUCGUUCUCUUUAGUCUUUGCUUAGAAGAAUUCCAGCCUGAAACAUUCACGACAAACUGCAUGUAUCUGUUUGCAAAGAUGAAUGAAUGUAUAAUCUUUUUUUUUG